UCAUUCUGUUGGAGGCAAAGUGAAGAGAGCGAUGCCUUCGAUUUAAAUGAGCACCUUGCAAAUUAUAAAAGAUGCGCGUCGCGUUUUAUUUUUAAGCAGUCGUUCGCCGGCUGAGCUCACGCGAUGAGUUGCGUAACGUUUCUUCUGGUAGCAAUACUGUUGCUAGUGUCCCCUGCAUUUAGUUUCCACUUCAAUGCUCACUUGCACCCGGAUUUAUUGGGCUCUGACAAUGAUUUUUGCCGCGAGCAGUUGGAGCACAUUAUUGAAGGAAUUUCCAACCUAGACUUGUGGGCCCUCAAGUUCAUCGAUUCUAGCUCAAAACCACAGUCUGGAAUUCUCUCUGGAAAUACAGUGGAUUAUGGGAGUUUUGACGAGUGCGUCGGAAUUUCUGCUAGUGUUCCACUGCUCGGAGAAAAUAUCAAAGGAAAAUAUUGCCUAGCAAAUAUUCACAUUGAACCUGAUAAACCUGGGAAAAUGGAAAAAGAUGGUAUCCUUAAUAUCAUCACUAGUAAUAGGCGACACAUUGAGUUAACAAAAAACCAAACUACGAAGAAUACGAUGAUUCCAGAUGUGCUUCCGAGUUUCGCCCUCUUCAGGUCUGCAUUUUGCAUUCCAAGUGCAUGCCGAUCAGUUGACCUUGAGAGAAUACUAAACUCCACACUUUCACACUUUGGGAAAUCAAUUGGACUGACGAUUUAUAACGAAGUAUUUGAAGAAAAUUGUUCAGUCGAAACGGAGAUCUCAUGGAAUUCCAGUGAUAUAGCAUUUUUGAUAAUGCUUGGCGCGCUUGUUUCUCUGGCUUUGGCGGCUACUGUUUAUGAAGAGCGAUUCAAUGUUGAAGGGGGUGGAAUAUUCCAAGCCGUGGUACAGUCUUUCUCGCUGUCUAAUAAUUGGCGCAAACUUACUUCGUGCAACACGACGAUGGCGAGCUUAGAUGGCGUUCGAGCUCUUAGCAUAUUCGCAGUGAUGCUUUGCCAUAUUUGCUUAUCAAACCUUAAUCUUCCUUACAUCAACAAAAAGGAUAUUUUCGACACUUCAAGAAGAAUAGAAUACUUGCCUUAUUAUUUGACGGGCUUUAGUGUCGACUCAUUCCUACUGCUUGGAGGUGCCCUCCGAACUUACAAUAUGCUUGAAAAACUGGAGCGUAAAAAGUUCUUUUACUUCAAAGACGUGAUUCAACGAUACUUGAGGAAAGAUUGAUAUUUUUUAACAUUGGCCAUAAUCAUUGCGUUUUAUGCUACUAUUUUCCCUCUUCUUGGAAGUGGACCAACGUGGUUCAAAGACGUCGGUGUGCAAAUGGAAGUCUGCAAUGAAAAUUGGCCACUCAACUUACUUUAUGUGAACAACAUAAUUGACUCUGAUAGAUUGUGCAUUGUGCAAACGUGGUAUUUGGGAGCAGAUAUGCAGCUUUUUCUUCUAGCGCCGCUCAUUGUUUAUCCUAUUUGGAUGUGGCCAUCUGCUGGAAAAUACAUCAUCAUAGUCAUGCUUACUCUAUCGUCGUUGUUGUCAGCCUAUAUAAUAUUUGAAGCUGAUACGAUAGUUUUAUUCGCAUCAAUAUUUGAAGACGAAAAAUUGGCAUCCUAUGUAAAGUGGAUCCACUAUUUUACUCCAUCCCGAUUGUUUUCCUAUCUGGCUGGAGUCACUCUUGGAAAAAUUUUAAGUAACAUAAAAAAUGGAAAGGCUGAGAAAAUUUCUAAGGAGGUUAUUUACGGUGGCUCGACUUUGAGCUCGUUGGCGCUUUCUACAAUUGCUUAUUGGGCAUUUCAAUAUAUCAGUCCAGAUUAUAAAUACAGCUUGGGCCAAUCUAUCCUUCUUGGUGUGCUGAUAAAAAUAGUCAUCACAUUUUGCAUCUCUUGGAUAAUUUUUGUCUGUGAAACAGGAAAUGGAGGCCUGAUCAACCGAUUUCUCUCUUGCAGACCUUUACAAUUUAUAAGCAAGUUAUCAUUCUGCAUGUUUUUGACGCACUAUAUCGUUAUAAGCCACUCGAACGGAUCUACCAGACAACCGGAAUAUUACAGUUUCAUUAAACAUUCGUAUGUAGUGAUUGGGCAUAGUGUGUACACUAUAUUUCUGUCUAUUCCUCUUCACCUGCUUGUAGAAGCCCCGUCUAGAGCGUUAACGAAUUACAUCAUGAUUAAAUGACUUCUGUGUGUCCUUUUCUUCAAUCCUUUUCAUAACUCUUUGCAUGUACUCACGACGUGUCAGGAAACCAAAAUUUAAAUCUGAUGCAUGUAAAAUAACGUAUUGAAUGAAACAAAAUUUUCAAUCUAGGAAAUAUAUUAUGUACAUAUUAUAAUGGUAAUUUUAUAACGAUUGGAUAGUAACGUGAGAAAAAUCAAAAGUAACAAUUGGGGUCACAAAAUUUCAUUGUCCAUCCAGAUGCACAAUUUCAAGCAUUUCAAGCAACAAUACUAUAACAAUAACAAACAUUUUGUUGUAAACAUACUGCUUCACUUUAAAUGGGAUAUAUAAACUGUAGCUGCAUAAAACACUAACAAAUUUUUACAAAGAUCUACGAUUUAUUACAAAGGUAAUCUCUCACCGUACUGUGCCGCACUGACAGCAUAACUUAUAGAACCACUGAUCACUGUAAAUUUGCCACGCAGAUGCGUUUUGCACAGGUGAGUAAACUCGGCCGCAAUGAAAUUCUUAAGCUGAGGUGGCAGGUUGUUCCAUGGAUUUACCAACCUGAAGGAAAAUGUUCGUUGGCCGAACACACUUCGCACAGGUGCCGGCUAUACAGCCGUGGGUGCUGACUAUUGGCAUCGUUUAGCAGCUGCCGUCCUUCGAUGAUGCGAGCGCACAUCAGCCCGAAUCUCCCAAAAGUUCGCUGGGAUUCUCACAUUUCAUGUGCACACAGUCCAUGCGCUCGACAAUGUGAUCUGAUAAUAAAAAUGUCCAUCAGCAUGAGCCUAGUUUUUCAACAGUGUACAUUAAAAAUUGGAAUGAUACAAGGCAACAAUUGAAAAUUAUUUGA